CUGAGGCAUGGUUGAUUUUGGUAAUAUUAUUUUUGCCUUUGUUUCUCCUUAUCUACACAAUGCUUUAUGAAUAUGGCCCCGAUUCAUUGAACUUGUCAAUUAAACACUAGCACUUGAAUAUCAUUAUUCUAAUCGAUAAUUCAGAAUAGUCGUAUACCAAAGGUUACAAUGAAACUGGGGGUUUUCAUCAGCGUAAUGGGUGUUAUGUUAGGCGGGAUUACUACCACAAACGGUGAAUUGAGAAGAUCUGAUAAGGACAGCAACGUGACACUAGGAUCACUAUCAGCCAACACAUCUGAUGCCGGAAGUUCGGAUUUUAAUGGGCAAAACGAAGGAUUGAUUGUAAUAAACAAACUCAAAAAGAGAUAUUCCUUCGAAGAGGUGCUUACUCCCGGAGAUAAAAUAGAAAUCUAUGGAAUGUUCGUUAAGAAUAUGAGGAAAUAUAAUUUAAAGAUAUACAUCAAUGACGGAGACCGAACGUUAUUUUAUCUCUUGUUUAAGCCAAAGGAGGAAAUAGUGAUGAUGAAUUCCAAGUCCAAGAAAAAAACAUGGCAAGAGGUAAGAUCUCAUAGUAUUCGGGGAGUCUUUCCGCAGACAAUUACCAAUGGUAAAAGAUUUCAAAUUACGAUCCGGUGUUUGGAAGACGCAUUUGCGGUGUCAGUUGACAACAUCUCAAUUGGUCAACCGUACCCCUAUCGAAAGGAGUUAUACACAGCAAGUGAUUUGGUUUUGGGCGGAAAAAAGAUUCCAGCAGAACAUUUUAAAUGGCUCGCUAUUAGAAUGCCACAACGUUGUCCACCUGCAACAUUUUUGGACGAAUCAAGCGGAAAUUGCUUGCAGAAAACAGAUCUAAUCACUUACCUAAAAACCAAAAAAUAUGGUAACAAAACAUACAGCUACAGGAUAGAAGGUAAUAAUACAAUAGAGUUUUACAAUGAAGUUUUACGAGAAAUCGGCCAAGAAACACCGCCUCCACAAAAACAGGAAGAGCAAACUGCAAUGUCUGAUCUACAUGGAGAUCCACAAGGAAAUUCCGAAAAAGUCGGUAAGAAAGGAAAAUCUGGUGUACAAGGACCUCCAGGAGAAGUCGGUAUAGAAGGAAAACCUGGACCACGAGGAGAUCCCGGGAUAAAAGAUUUCUGUAAUAAUUGUUUGAGAGGAGAGCCAGGAGAAGAUGGAGCUAUUGGUCUGAAUGGAGCUAAAGGAGCCGCUGGAGAUGCUGGAACGCCAGGUGCAAAAGGAAAUACAGGAGGAAAUGGAAUUCCCGGAAUGCCCGGAAUCGAAGGAGAGCAAGGUUCACCGGGAGAAGCUGGGAAGUCAGGGGUUCCAGGAAUACCGGGAAUUCCGGGGAGACAAGUAUCAAAGUAUUGCGGAGGGAUGACCACCUGUCCGCAGUUGGGAUUGGGUAGAUGUUACGCUCGAAGUAGCCUUAAAGGUAUUACACUUCAGUGUAUAGAGGGGUUUGCAGCAGUCUCAAUUUGGAGCAACACUCGGUUUUGGGGGCUAAAAUGCUGUGAAAUUAUCGUUACAAAUGAUGGGCAUUAAGGACGGAGACUCAAAAUCAUGUGUCCUAUAAUAUAAAUAAAGGACGUUUUCGGGGUCCUCGCUAUACAUGUGUAUUGAAAAAAACUGGUUGGCUGAGGAUACAGAAGCUAUAAUAACGAGAAUUUGGGCGUGUAUCGAAACAUUCCCUGCAGAAACUGAACUUGACACUGCAUGAGCUAUGCGGAGGAAGC